AUGUGUCUUGAAAACGAUCGUCUACCACCUAAUGCUGAUGAAGCCCGAAAGUUACAAGUACGAGCCUUAAAGUAUGCACUCAUAGAAGCUCACCCUCAAGCAAAUGGACAAGCUGAAGUGGCUAAUAGGAUAAUUCUCAAUGGACUAAAGAAAAGAGUUGAGAAAGCCCCGGAAUCAUGGGCCGAUGAGCUGCUCCCUAUACUUUGGGCAUAUCGAACUACCUAUGAGGUCUCGAGUGGAACAACUCGUUUUCAGUUGGCUUAUGGAGCUGUGGCAGUGGUGCCACUUGAAAUCAAUCAUACUUCGACCAGGAUCCAAAAAUAUGAGCUAGCAGCCAAUAUUGAGGAAGCAUGA